AUGUCAAGUCAACUCUUUCAUGUCUCUUUGUUGUUCCUCCUUGCCGUGUGUUGUGUCGAGUCGAUUGGACUCGGGCGAAUCCAAGGAAAACUGCCGUUCAUCAAGCAUAAAUGGGGAAUGCUGUCAAAGGAGAAAAUCAAUGAGUUCAAACAGUCUUUCGGACGGGCAACAAACGUUGACCGAUUCCUAAUGGCAUUGGAUCGAAUGAACACAGCGAGGAGAGAUUACAAGCCAACCGAUGCGGAAAAAGCUGAAUGGGCCGCAAAGCUUAAACAUCUCCAAAACUACGUUCGAUCCCCACGACUCCCAAAUGAAAAGACCAUUGAUGAGAUCAAUCAGGCUGCUGGUUUGGCCGAAUCAUUGUAUGGAGGAGAUAUGAAGCUCACAGACGCGCAAGUCGAUGCUUUGCUUGGAGAGUUUGUCGAUGAUGAUGAAGUCGAAGGACAAGUUGAAACAAGAGAGAAGAGACAGGCCUAUUAUGAUGGUGGAUAUCCGUACAUUACCUGGGGUACAACUUUCUACUAUUAUUUUGAUGAAAAUUAUGCCCCGGCCAAACAAACGGUUGCACGAAUGGCAAUCGCUUUUUGGGCAAAUGUGACUUGUAUCAAUUUUGUGGAAGACGAAAAUGCUCCAAAUCGUGUCCGUUUCUACUUGGGCACCCUUUGCAAUUCGAAUGUUGGAAUGGUUGGUGGAGAGCAAAGUAUCCAAUUGACAGAAGGCUGUGCUAAUAAUUUUCGUAACGCGGCUCACGAGAUCGCUCACGCUCUCGGAUUCUUUCACAUAAUGAGCCGAUUCGACAGAAAUGAUUCCAUAACCGUAUACCUGGAUAAUACCAGCAACACCAGCAACUACAACUAUGGAAUUCCAUAUGAUUAUGGAAGUCUCAUGCAAUACGAUGAGACGGCCUUUUCCAUUGACGGUACGACAAAGACGAUGAUGGCCAAGGUUAUACCUUAUCAAAAUGUGAUGGGGGGAAAUCAGGUGUCCUUCUACGAUAUUUCGAUGAUGAACGAACAUUAUCAAUGCAAACAAUUCUGUCCAACUGGGGCAACAUGUGUGAAUGGAGGCUUCAGAGAUUCGAAAAACUGCAAUAUUUGUUUUUGCCCAAGUGGAUGGGGUGGACCGACUUGCUCGGAUAGGGCGCCCGGUUGUGGAGCUACUCUGACGGCCACUACAACGCUACAAACGCAAAAUUGGACUAUUGGAACAGCUAAUGUUGAAAAUCCCACCUUUGAGACGUGCAGUUUUUUGAUUAAAGCUCCUGCCGGAAAUAAAGUCGAGGUGGUGAUCAAGGCUCUCACCAGCGAUAAAUGCACAGCGGGUUGUACACAAAAAAGCAUCGAGGUGAAAGGGAGCAGCGAUCAUCGACUCACUGGGCUCCGCUAUUGUUGCAUAGAGGAUGUCGGGAAGAAAAUUAUUUCUGAAGGCCAUAUAGUGCCAGUAAUCAUCAACAAUCGAUACCGGAUUAGCUCUUAUUCGUUUACCUACAGAUCUGUAUCCGCAUCAACCACUUCUACCGUUACGACAAGCCAAAUGCCGUAUGCUAGUGCCACUUAUGACUCGCCGACAAAUCCAUCAACAACCACAUCAAAACCGGCAACUACAACGCAGAAGGCAGCAUGUGUUGAUAAAUCAUUUUGUGCCCAAUGGAUUGCUGAUUACAACUAUUGCGAUGAACCGACGUAUGGUGCAGCGCAGAAGAAAGAGAACUGCCCAGUCUCUUGCAAGAUGUGUAGUGAUCAGAUUUGGCCAGCACCCACAACAAAAACAAGCACCACUACCACGAAGGCACCAACAACGACAACUACGACAUGUACUGAUAAAACUGGCUGUCCCGGGUGGAUCGCUGACUUGAACUUCUGUGAAUCGACCGAAUACAGCACACAAACAAAGAAAGACUAUUGUCCUGUUUCUUGUGGUUUGUGCGACGGUGUCCAGACCACCUCAAAGAAGACCACGACAACGCCUUUAACCGCUUGUCAAAGAUGUACGAAAAACGUGGACGAAAUAUACAACGAGAAGUACUACGCCAAAUUGGGAACGCCAGCUUACCGCUACAGCAAUGAUCCAGCCAACAACAAUUGUUUGAUUGCCGAUUGGUUUUGUCGAGUGAAUGCUCCCGAAACGACCGCCGUCUUCGAGUUGUGGCAAGGGGAAUCCUAUACAGAAAAUUUAUACGGUUACAGAGAAGAUGGAAAGAGCUCGAUUGGCUACAAUAGCACCAUUGCUGGAGGCGACUAUCGACCAUUUGUGUGUAACGAUGAUGAACAGUGGAGCUUUGAUGGAGUGACGGACUUCAAGUUGGAUUGUUUUGCUCCCGAUGAU